AUGUCAAGGCUCCUGAGAGGUCUCUUCUGUGUCAUUGAGACAUUCCACAAGUAUGCCAGCGAGGACGGUGACAACAAGGCGAGGCUGACCCGCAGAGGGCUGAGGCGGCUCCUUGAGGGAGAGAUUGGGGACUUCCUUCAGCCACAUGUCUUUAAUUCUGUGGAGAGAAAGUUGAACCUUCUGAAUAUUGACAGAGAUGGUACCAUCAGUUUUGAGGACUUUCUCCUUGUAAUCUUCAGCUUAUCAAAUCUCUUUUAUUUUGACAUACCAUUACUACAUUCUGAACCAAGACUGAUGUCUAAAUCAGAGAAGAUGGAUACUAUGGAUUUUCAGGCAAUCACUGGAACUAAAGUAAGGCUGAUAUUGCCAUCAGAAAUGGCACCAUCAGUUCAGCCCAGCAAUGAAGAAGUUGAGGCAGAUGGGCACGCUAAGGUGAGCCCACAGGAAGAUGUUAAGACUCACAAACUGCCAAGAGAGUUGUCUGAACCCAGUGACCCUGUGAACAAACAGCCAGAAGAUGACCAGAAAGCUGAACAAAAGGUACCAACAACAGAAUAUGAUGGAGUCCAAUUUAAGAGAAAUACACCAGUAGAAGUAUCUAAACAGAGUAGCGGUCCAACACAGGAGGUCCCCAGAGAGAGAGGUAAGACAGCCAGGAGGCAAAGUGACACCAUGGUAAGAGACCAUGUAGCACAGAGGCCAUCUGAAGAUGAGGGGUGUGCUUCUACAGCACAUGACUCAUUCCCACGAAAAGAAGACAAAGCUGAGUCAGAGCCAGUAGAAGUUGCUACUGGGAAACCAUCUCAGACACAGGAAUCUUUUGAGCCCAAGGACGAUGCUAGAAGAUCUGAGACUCGAGAACCAGGAAAGGAUGCUAGAAAAAUAUCACCUGAAACUACAAAUUUAGAGGAGCCCAAGGCUGACAGUAGAACAGCCGAGACCCACGCAUUGCCAGCACAAGAAGGAAAACAUGAAACACAGGGCCAGUCCAUCCAAAGUGGGAAUAGAAAUGCUUCAGAAACAUCUAGCAGAGGCAAAUGGGAGGAGGGGCAGAAAGAACAUGAAAGAAAAACUGGACCCCCAGCACCAGAAACCCAAACACAGAAUGAGAAGUGUCAAGAAAAUGGUGCUGAAAAGGGAUCUGAUGCACAAGAUCCAAGCUCUGAAGACGGAAAUCAGAAUCUCCCUGCAACUAAGAAAGAAUCCAUCUCAGGAAAAGAGGCAAGACCCAAUGAGAAAGACACAGCAGAUGCAUUUGUGAUCAACAGAAACAGCCCUGCAGCUGAAGAGACACUGGAAACAAGAGAAAGGUCCCAAGACCAAGCACCACUUGAGAAUCAAUCUCAAGCAAAAAGUCACAGGGCCCCUAGGACACAUGACAAGGCAGUCAAGAAAGAGGACCACAAUGAGGGGGAGGAUCUUGAGUUAUUAGUUACACAGAGUGAUGUGGGCUCUUGUGAAACUCCCAACAGUCUGGCUCCAGAGGUAGGUAAAAGUAGUUCAGAGACAGGUGAGCCACAAGUAACAGGGGAUUCACAUAGUCGGGUAGACUCUCAUGGAGAGUCUAAGCAUGGAAGUCACAAUAACAACCCAGAUACCCAGAAGCAGGGAGCACCAGAUGAGAGAAGCAGAGCGCGGGAGGAGGUAGAGCUGUCAACCCAGGAAGACAGACAGCUCCCAGAGGAAAAGGAACAGACUACCAGAGAGAACCAUGGUGGUCUGAGCUCAAGAACUGAAAGAGGCCCAGAGGCAUCUGUAGAGCCCAGUGAAGGAGGGGAGGUUCUGGAGGCCACAGCAGGAAGUGAAAACAGAAAAUCCCUAAAGGCAGAGUAUACAGGAGCCCAGUGA